AAUAUUAAAAAAAACAAAUGCACAACGUUCUUGCAAAGUUUACAAACACACUGUUACGAAUCUUAAAGCCACCAUCAACGACUCUCCGAGCUCUUCCCCUCCAUCAACCAUGCAUUCAUUAUCACUGUCCUAAAAGUCCAAACUCUUAUCAGCCAUCUGAAGCCAGUGACCGGUGGCGGUGAGCCUCUCAUUCCACCGUCCAUCUCACCGUAUUUCGCACUCCCGAGGCACUCCACCUUCUAUAUUACCCCAUCAAAGUCCCCUCCCCACCGCUCACACUCCUCGAGAUGGCGCCACCUUCCUCCAUCUACGGCCCCGAUUCCAUCUACCGCUCUCCCCGCCCUCCUCUCCACUUCCCCUCCGAUCCAAACCUCUCCAUGCUCUCCUUCCUCUCCGCCACCGCCGCUCGCCAUCCCCACCGCACCGCCCUCGCCGACGCCGACUCCGGCGAGACCCUCUCAUUCUCCGACCUCCUCUCUCUGAUCCCUCGCAUCGCUCUCGGCCUCUCCCGCCGCCUUGGCGUCACCCGUGGUUCCGUCGUCCUCCUCUUCGCCCCAAACUCCACCGAUUUCCCCGCCUGCUUCCUCGCUAUCACCGCCCUCGGCGCCAUCGCGACCACCGUGAAUCCCCUCUACACUGUCCCCGAGCUCUCCAAGCAGGCGAAGGAUUCCGGCACCUCCGUCGUCAUCACCGUCCCUGAUCUCUGGCCCAAGGUCCAGCAUCUACGCCUCCCGACUAUCUUCCUUUCACCCCCAAUCCCUUCCUUCGAUUCCGGCUCCAUCCCCAUCACCUUCUUCUCAGAUCUCAUCGCUUAUGAUGCAUCUGAGUUCAUCCCGCCGCCCGUCCGCCAGACCGAUGUCGCGGCACUGCUCUACUCCUCCGGCACCACCGGCGCCAAUAAGGGGGUUAUCUUGACCCAUCGGAACUUCAUCUGCACCGCGAUGAUGGCUUCCCAAGAUCAAGAUGUGCUCGGCGACCCGCCGAACGUGUUCCUCUGUUUCCUUCCACUGUUUCACAUCUUCGGGUUGUCGGUGAUCACUUACGCUCAGCUGAGCAGAGGGAACAGCGUAGUAGUCAUGAAGAGGUUCGAGAUGGAGAUGGUGCUGAAGUCGAUCGAGAGGUUCAAGGUGACGCAUAUGUACGUCGUGCCGCCGGUGAUGAUCGCGCUUGCGAAACAGGGGAAGAGUACCAAGUACGAUCUUUCGUCACUGACGUUUUUGGGUUCCGGCGCGGCGCCGUUGGGGAAGGAUGUGAUGGAGGAGGUGGCGAAGGCCAUACCAAAAGCUGAGAUUAUUCAGGGCUAUGGUUUAACAGAGUCCUGUGGAAUUAUCUCAGUGGAAUAUUCUUUUGGAGAAUCUCGGCAAUUCGGUUCUACUGGACACCUUGUUGCUGGAGUUGAAGGUAAAGUUGUUAGUGUAGACACAUUGCAGCUUCUUCCACCAAAUCAGUUGGGAGAAUUAUGCUUCCGCGGACCAAAUAUGAUGCAAGGUUAUUUUAAGAAUCCACAAGCAACAAAUUUGACCCUGAAGGAUGGAUGGUUGCACACUGGUGAUCUUGGGUAUUUUGACGACAAUGGCCAAUUAUUUGUUGUUGAUCGAAUAAAAGAGCUUAUCAAAUACAAAGGAUUUCAGGUUGCACCCGCCGAACUCGAAGGAUUGCUUCUUUCACACCCUGAGAUAUUGGAUGCUGUAGUCAUCCCAUUCCCGGAUGCUGAAGCGGGUGAAGUUCCCAUAGCUUAUGUUGUCCGUUCACCACAGAGUUCAUUAACAGAAGAGGAUGUCCAGAAGUUUAUUGCUGAUCAGGUUGCACCAUUUAAGAGAUUGAGGAGAGUGACCUUUGUGAACAGUAUCCCAAAAUCAGCUUCGGGUAAAAUACUGAGAAGAGAGCUUAUUGCCAAAGUCAAGGCAAAAUUGUAGAGAAAUUUUACUCACAAUUAUGGGUGUAUUUAUUUAUUAAGCCACUCUGAAAUUAGAUUUAGUUUGCAAUUAGAUAUGUGUGGAAUUAGUGGUCAUGACUGAGCUAAGUUGGACGUGCUUCACAUGAUUGUUUAGCCCAGUAAUUACAGAAUAAUUACUAUAAUUAAAGUAAAAAUUAUAUUUA